AUGACAAGUAAAACAGUUAAAUUUUUAGAACAAGACAAAGAGAAUAGUGAACCUAAUACCAUGGUUUCAAAGGAAUCAAUGAAAUCAUAUGUUCAAAAACAACUUAAUAUCAACAUACUUAGAGAUAACAACAAUAUUAAUAAUAUCAAUAAUCAAAAUAAUAAUAACAUUAUUAAAAAACAACAACAAAAUAAUAUUGUAGACAAUGAAGUAUUCUUUGGUGUAGUGACCAAAGAAGAGAUUGCAGUAUCAAACAAAUUGGGAAAGAGAAGAAAGACAGUAUUCCUCAAAGAUACUAGUCAAGCUCAAAUUGUCAAAACCGAUCAAAUCAACGAUAACGCUGCCACCAUUAUCACAAAUGCUGUUAGAUCACGUGCCAUCAGAUUAAACUAUCUUAAAAAGAAAUCAUCUGCCAUCACGAUCCAGUCUGCCUUUAGAGCACAUCGUCAAAGAUCUGAUUUCCUCAAGCUCAAAAACUCUGCCAUAAAGAUUCAAUCACUUUGGAGAAUGUUUGCCCAAAAGAAAUCUUUCAAAGUAUUAUUGAUUCAAGAAAAACAAAGACAACAAGAACUUAUUGAAAAAGAAAGAGCUGAACAAGAAAGAUUGGAGCAAGAACGUUUGGAACAAGAAAGAUUAGAAAAGAUUAGACUUGACCAAUUGGAACAAGAAAGAUUGGAAAAGAUUAGACUUGACCAAUUGGAACAAGAAAGAUUAGAAAAGGUUAGACUCGACCAAUUGGAACAAGAAAGAUUGGAAAAGAUUAGAGUUUAUCAAUUGGAACAAGAACGUAUUGAACAAGAGCGUUUGGAGCAAGGAAGAAUUGAACAAGAAAGAUUGGAACAAGAAAGAAUGGAACAAGAAAGAUUGGAAAAGAUUAGACUCCACCAAUUGGAACAAGAAAGAUUGGAACAAGAAAGAUUAGAAAAGAUUAGACUUGACCAAUUGGAACAAGAAAGAGUUGAACAAGAAAGAUUAGAACAAGAACGUAUGGAACAACAAGAAAGAUUAGAAAAGAUUAGACUUGACCAAUUGGAACAAGAAGAACGUAUGGAACAAGACCGUUUGGAAAGAGAAAGAGCUGAAAAGAUUAGACUUGACCAAUUGGAACAAGAAGAACGUAUUAAACAAGAGGAACCUAAAGAAAUAACAGUUGAACAAUUGUUGGUUGAAACACCCAAAGUGCUUGUUGAAGAAUCGGAAUCUCAAGAGACCUCCAAGCCAGCUGCAACUGCAUCGUCUGUAGACAAUUUAUGGAAGACAAGAAUUGCCAAUUUAAAGUCCAAAUGUGCCACUACUACCGCUACCACCACCACCACUACUACUACCACUCCUCAGACUACUGCUACCACUAGUACUUUGACAAAGCCGACCAUAUCAUCAAAUAGCAAGCCACUUUCAAGAUUGGUAAUGCCAACUGCUAGUAGUGAACUCAAAAAGAGAACCAUUACCGAUUCUCAAUCAACAGCCCCAACGACUGCUGUAGAAAAUACCGAAGUACCCAAGAUUCCAAAGACCACAUUGACCAGCAAUGCUAGUACCUUUAAUCUUGAGGAAAAGAAAAAGAAAUUGGCCGAUCUCAAAGAGAUGAAGAGUAGAUUGGCCUCUGCCACUACGACCACUACCAGCGGAUUACCACCAAAGCUCCCACCUACAUUGACUAGUCGUCCAACCAGUACUCUUACAUCAAGUACUCUCUCUUCAUCCAUGAAAAAACCAGUAGUGGGAUCCAAUGCCACACCAAGUACUCUUUCGUCAUCAUCAUCAUCAUUGUCAUCAAGCACUUCAAGUAAGCCAGUAUCUGAUCCAACAACCAGUGCUCCAUCUUCCACCACCACCACCACUACUGGUAGUUCAAUGUUAAGAUUACCAACAAGAAUUUCUAGAGUGUCAACUAUUAAAAAAUAG